UACAAACAUUUUUGACCAUUUGUGCAUAUGAUAUGUGACAUGGCAAAGUAGGUAUUUCCCUUUGUAGAAAAAAAGCAGCAAGAUGCUCUUCCUGAACUUCUCUAAUCUGUUUGAAUCAUCAUCAUCAUUCACUUUGACUUGAUGAAUUUGUGUGCCAAAAAAAAUUUUUAUUGGCUUUUAGACCAUUUUGCAUCUGACCAACUUACUCCAGUCUUACUUUUCCUUCAUGAUCACUUGUGUCGUAAAAAGUGCUCCCUGUUGGCGAGAAAAAGAAAGAGAGAGCUUCAUCCUGUGUGCUUUUUUUCCUCCUCCCUCUCUCUUUUCUGUUCUCACUCUCUGGGUUGUGCACACACAGGGCACAUGUUUGCCUUUUCUGCCUUUCUGCUACAGAGAAGUGCAUAACUGGAGCAAGAUUAUAACAUAACUCUAAUGCAGAUUGUAUAGAGAUACGAUCAAUGAUGUUCCUGCCUCUAAUGCUGUGUGCCUUAUGUCCCUUUGUCCUGCUGUCCUCUGCUGUCCCUACACCAGGAACAGAUGAAACAAGGCUCUUACAAGUUAUGAUCCCUGACAGCCCUCUUGUGUCUGCCGUUUUGGGAGGAUCUUUAAAUCUUCAGUGCCUUUUGUCACUGCCAACUCUGUCUUUUUUCACUGGUCAAACCAUGCCAAGGAUAAAGUGGAGCAUUCUCUCCUCUGGACAAGAGAUUGAGAUCCUAGUGGCACGAGGGGACAGGGUGAAAAUCAGUGAGCUUUAUAAAGGUCGGGCCUCUCUGCCAAAUUAUGCAUUUUCUCCAACUGAUCUUACUCUCCAGCUGGACAGCUUGAGGCACAACGAUACAGGAUUCUACCGCUGUGAGGUUCAGCAGGGAUUGGAAGAUGCUCAUGAUCUAGCUCAGAUUAAAGUUAAAGGAGUUGUGUUUCACUAUCGACACGCCUCCAGCCGCUACGCCUUCUCCUUUGACGAGGCCCAGAAUGCAUGUGAAGACAUUGGAGGUCAGAUUGCCACUCCAGAGCAGCUUCUGGCAGCAUAUCACAGUGGUUAUGAGCAAUGUGAUGCCGGCUGGUUAGCAGAUGGAUCUGUCAGAUACCCUAUCCAUACACCUCGUGAGGGCUGCUUUGGAGAUAUGGAUGGCCUGCCAGGGGUCCGAAACUAUGGCAUGAUGGAGCCUGAUGAGCUUUAUGAUGUUUAUUGCUACAUAGAGAGCAUUCGUGGCAAAGUGUUCUAUGGAUCUACCUCACAGCGAUUCACACUGGCUGAGGCUAAAGCAUACUGUGAGCAACAGGGUGCACAAUUAGCCAGCACAAGCCAGCUGUAUGCGGCAUGGAAUGAUGGUCUUGAUCACUGUAGUCCAGGUUGGCUAGCUGAUGGUAGUGUACGAUAUCCUAUUGUACACGCAAGAGAGCGUUGUGGAGGCCCAGAACCUGGUGUUAAGACUGUCUAUCGCUACAGCAAUCAAACUGGCUUUCCUGAACCUCACACACGCUACGAUGCCUACUGCUUUAGAGAAGACUUUAAUUCUCAGACAGUCAGCCCUUUUGAGUACUUGGCCACAGAGUCAGAAAAUAUUAACCAGGACAUUGUGACCUUAGCUGACACAGAAGAAGAGUUUAGUUCAGGUCAUGUAACACAGAAAACAGAAAAUGAGGUUCAAGGGGCUGUUGAGGUUUUCUCAUUCUCCAGCAAAAAAACAGUUAAGAUGGAGAAGCACGACACUACACUAUCCCCAUUUGAUAAAGUUCAUACAACCACUGUUAGCAGAAAUAUACUCACCACUUCAGCAAUAUACAAAAAGGUACUUGAACCGACUCAGAGCUCCAGGCUAGAAGUGCUCACAAAGCCCACUGACGCUGAAUCAGUGCCAAAGAUAUACACAGGGCCCAGCUGGGAUCAACCAAAGUCAACAAUAUACCAAGAUAAAGAGAAUGGUACAGCUGAUUUAGAAGUGAAGACUGACAAUCAUACAUACUAUCAGCCUAUGACAGGCACCAGCCUGGAGCCAAAAGAGACGGGGGAAUAUAACACGUUUACAGAGAGUAAACCAAACAUAACUGUUGAUAACUUGGAGCCAUUGUAUGAGUUUAGGGAGAUUGGAGGAUUAAAAUCCAUGCCUGAGAACAACUUUGAUUAUCAAAAUGAAAGCCAUGUCAAUGAAAAUUCUACUGCAACAGAACAACCUUUUAACAUCACUAGGGCAUUGGAAUCAGAUUUCAAUCUGGACCUCAAAACUCAGACCACUUCUUCAGAAAUCACUGAGGGCUCAGGAAGUGAACUGACUACAGCAUUCUCAGAGAAAUUUGGCUCUAAUGUCACACUGAGUCUAAAAGUUACCUACGAACAUUCUUUAUCUGAAACCACCACAGAGGGUUCUUUGCUGGAAGAUCUAAGUCAGCCAAUGCUGAGUUUUGAGCAAAGUCAUGAGCAGUCUGUUGUAACAGACAUAUCCAGUACUACAGAUGAAGUGGAGCAAGAAAGAGGACAUACUUCAGCUGAAUCCCUAGUGGUGUCUCUCAGUUCAGCUGAUAAUGAUAGUGAUCAUGAGUCAGGAGUGACUAUGACACCCGUACAUUCAUCUGAGAAACAAACAGAGCCUUUUGAUGGAUCAGGUGAUGAUAAUGUGAUACUGCUGACCCUUCUUACCACACCUGCACCUCACCUGUUGGGCACAUCUAUUUCUCCAAAGGCACUGGAUGUGGAGACAAGUUCCUCUCAGGAGUUGGACACCACUUCUGUUCCAGAGAGCAGUACUACAUCUGGCAGCAGCAUCAUAAAGGAAGAGGUGAAAAAGAUUCAACAGGAGAGAAAAAACGCACCAAUCUUUCAAACUGUGUCAAUAAUUCCACUGACUAAUACUGGAACAAUGUCAAGCAAAGACAAUAUUGGCCAUGAAGAUAUCUCACAGGAAACAGAAAACUCUUCUGGAGGGGGGUCAUCAGUCACAGACCUCCCUUAUCCCAGUACCACUCCCAUACCCACACACCUGCUUCACCUGAACACAACAGAGUUUAACAAUACUGAAAAUGUUUCCAGCACAACUCAUUUUGCUGUAGAGGUUACACUGAUUCCAGACAUUACUCUAACACCAUUCUGGGACACUAUGACUACUCCUACCCCACCACAGGAGUUCCGGGCAGAUGUUGAGACCAGUGGUGAUACCCAAUUAAUCACAGAUGACCCUGACUCCUCAGCUGAAUCAGACCCUACUGCAGUUCCCACUUCUGAAAACAAUAAGGAGACUCGGAGUCUGACUUCCUCCAUUGCAACUAAUGACAAGGAACAUGCAUAUCAAGACUUGACUUUCACCACAGAAUCUACAACGAGAAAGGAAGAGAAUGAACUGACAACCCCGACAUACCAUGUAACCCCACCUCCGGGGCCAACAGAGAGAGCACUUAGAACAAGCAUAUCAGAUGGCUGUUUGGAGAAUCCAUGUUCCAAUGGAGGUACCUGUGUAGACAUAGGUGCUAUUGUCAAGUGCCUUUGUCUUCCAACCUAUGGGGGAGAUUUCUGCCAAAUUGAUCUGGAGCAAUGUGAGCCAGGCUGGGAGAAGUUCCAGGGCAACUGUUAUAAGCACUUCUCAAAACGUCAGAGCUGGGAGGGGGCAGAGCAGCAUUGUCGGAUGUCUGGCGGUCACCUGGUUUCUGUUAUGUCACCUGAAGAGCAAUAUUUUAUCAACUAUAAGUACAGGGAGUACCAGUGGACUGGUCUCAAUGACAGGACCAUUGAGGGUGAUUUCCGCUGGUCUGAUGGAAACCCGCUGCUGUAUGAGAACUGGUAUCUUGGUCAGCCUGAUAGCUAUUUCCUGUCAGGAGAGGACUGUGUGGUGAUGGUAUGGCAUGAUGGCGGACGAUGGAGUGAUGUACCCUGUAACUACCAUAUGUCCUACACUUGCAAAAAGGGCACAACUGUUUGUGGCCAGCCACCUCUGGUCUUGAAUGCUAAGCAGUUUGGUGAGCGCAAAGAUCGAUAUGUGAUUAAUGCUCAGGUACGUUACCAAUGUGUGGAGGGUUUCCUUCAAAGACACAAACCUAUCAUCAAUUGCCAAAGCAAUGGACAGUGGGAGGAGCCACAGAUCACCUGUACACCACUGGAUUCAAAAAGAAAACAAGUUACAUUGCCCCCCGCAAACAACCAAGAAGCCACAGAAAAAUCAAAACCACCGCGUUGGAGAUUGUAAACCAACCAGUCUCUUCAUUUUUCUCUUUCAAUGCUCCAUUCUCUUUUCUUAAAGAGACCUGCAUUAGUCAUCAUUCACACUUUCAAAGUUUCAGGCAAAAAUCACACUUGAAUUGUUCUGCUCCAGUCAUCAGCUUCUUUCAUACAUUUUCCUGACACUGAAUUACUUAUUUUGUAAUUCUAUGGCACAAAAACCCAUAACUUUCUUCCAGUUAGUUAGUAAAUGCAGAUUACAGUUUACAAACAGUAGAGAUUCAUAUCAAAGCAAAUUCUAUUUAACCUCAGCUGGUCUGAAUUAAACUGAUGCCACUGUUCAUAAAGAGCUCAUUUCAUCCAAGGGAAAGUUUCCAUUACUGCCACUAGUAGGCAGAAGUGCAUAGCGAGGGUAAAUGCAGGCACAGAGAGGAAACAAUCCACUGCUGAUAUCAAUCUUAUAGGACAUUUUAGGAUAACAGCUCAUCUUCAGUGACCAAGCAUAAUUGCUUACACAUUUGUUUAUUAGUGGCCUCUAAAUGUAAAAUUCUUACAUCCACAGAACUUCAAAACCAUGCAAGUUAAAAUAAAUACAAUUUCACACUUUAAUACUUGAAAAUGAAUGUGGAAAAAGCAGGUUAAAGAUCCUGGCUUACUUCCGUUGAACCUGGCAGUGUAAAUGAGUUUAGUAAUUCUUACUGGCUAUUGUCAUUCUGACAUUUGCACACAGUAAAAACCUGGGCUUUCUCAGCCAUGCAGAAUACAUAUAUAAUCAAUUUAAGUACCUGUAUUCAACUACAUCUUUUAGAUCCUUAAAGCACUAAACAAAGAACAUGGUCUACAGAUUCCAAGGCAAUUUUGCAUGCACAGUAUUUUGUGCAUUUCUUGAUUGAGAGCUUCCAAUUAGCUCUUUAAUAAAACAAGCAUCCACAAUUACAGUAAGACAAAUUUAGUUAAAAUGAUGUGGGUUCAUUUAUGCUUGGCUGUAAAGAAAUUUAGAUUUUAAAGUGCUCAGGUUUUUUUCAGGUCUCUUGUUUGCUCUGAGGAAUAAUCACUUUUUAAUGCUGAUGAUUCUGGUUUUAACAUCAUAAGAAAUCAUAACUGUUUUUACUGACUUAAGAAUUCAUUCUGCUUUUCUGCUUCUUUUGGUGACAUUACAUACUGGCUGAGUGUAUACCUCUUUAAGUGUAGAUAUCUUCUGCUUUUGAAUACUUUAAUGUUUAUUUGUUCUUCAGAAAUAAUUGAUUUCAUUCUAAUCAAAAUCACAUUCAUAAGACAAAAAUCUGCUCAUUUGUUUUCUCGGUAUAAUAUUCACUAUCUUUACUAAAUAUGGGGAAAUUAUAUCUAGUCUUUAGGAUGACUUCAAAACUAUUGGAUGGAUGUUAUUGAAUCUAAUUGGCUGUCAAUCAUAGAUCCGUGAAUGUGUUACUAAUACAUUAAUCAGUGCCACUAGGUCUAUCAUUUAGAUUUGUGAAGCACUUUACUGAUUUUGUACGCAAAUCUUUUGUGGUAAUUUAUUUUUGUUGGAUUUUUGGAUUUUUUCAUUGAUAAAUAUAGUGUGAAACAGACCCCGGAAGAAAUAAAACAAAUACUACAAACAUUAACUUCACAUUAAUUGGCUUACACAUUUUAUUUAUCUGCUUAUUUUGUUGUUGUUGGUUUUUUUUAAGGUCAAGCCAUCUGGUAUAUGGUGUCAUUCAUUCAGAAAUUGUAGGAUUCUGUAUUUGUUCUGAAAUUUUAUAUAAAGAUCAUAUUAAUAAAACAAAAUUGACUAACAGUA